AUGCACGAACGGUCAGUCCGCUCGGACAACCCGUCUGUUCCGCCAGAGCACCCAGCUGUGAGCGCUCAGAGCGCAGCGCUCUGGACUGUGGAACGGGGACGCUCGGAGCGCUCUGAGCGCAUUUACGAACGAGGCACCUUUACAAGAGAUCCACCCGGAUACAGGGCCGAUAAGGGAGCGCGGCCGUUCUUCCAGGCCCUCAAAAGAGAAAACAUGGGUAGGAGGCACGCAUUCAGCAGCAGUCUCUUCGCUAGGAAGACCACCCAGACUGACAGCGGGCUAAUAGCGUCAUAUAACCUCUCCUUGCUGAUGGCCAAAUGUGGGCCAGCCGUUCACAAUCGGAGAGAAGUUGGUACUCACAUGGCCAUCAAAGAGGUUCAUAUGCGUCAAGGUACAACCCGCGGCCCACGUGACGCAGAAGUUCCUGGCGUGGACUACAACUUCCUCUCAGUAGAGGAUUUCCUGGAGUUGGAGAAGAGUGGGACCCUUUUGGAGAUUGGAACAUAUGAUGGUAACUAUUAUGGGACGCCCAAGCCACCGGUGCAGCCCCCCGGUGGGAAAGUGAUUAGCAGUAGCGGUAGCGGCGGUGAUGCCCCACUGCCAGACGGGCUCAGCGGUAGCCUGCCGGGCUCUGAGCACUCCACUCCCCGACGCUCCAAGUCCUACAAUGACAUGCAAAAUGCUGGAAUAGGGCCUGGAGAGCAGCAGCAGGAGGAAGACGAGGACCUCCCGGACAUGAACAGCAGCUUUACAGGAGAUUCUAGUGAAUUAGACGAGAUUCCUCACUCAGUGCGCCCCUACGCCCCCCGGAGUGACCCGCCCUACGUUGGGAGAACCCCCUCACCAUCGGCCACCACGGAGAGCACUCAGCAUUCCAACUCUAACCUGAGCCAUCCUCCCCCGGAGGACCCUCUGGGGACUCUGCCUGACAACUGGGAGAUGGCCUACACCGAGAACGGAGAGGUCUACUAUAUAGACCACAAUACAAAGACCACCUCCUGGAUAGACCCUCGGUGCAUGGACAAGCCUCAGAAACCCCUGGAAGAAUGUGAAGACGAUGAAGGGGUCCACACAGAAGAGCUGGACAAUGACUUAGAACUUCCACCAGGAUGGGAGAAAAUCGACGAUCCAGUGUAUGGGGUCUACUAUGUUGAUCAUAUCAACAGGAAGACCCAGUAUGAGAAUCCCAUGUUGGAGGCUAAGAGGCGCAGGCAGCUGGAGCAGCAGCCUCAGCAGCCUCAGCCCCAAAGCCAGCAGCCACCUGAAGGUGAGCGCUACAUCCGAGAAUGGAUCGAGGAGUCGGCGUUGGCAGGGGCCCCGCUGGCCAACUAUGCUGCCAACCACCAGGAGACCUACAGGGACCCCCAAACAGGACCACCAAUGCCCAACGCCGUGGGACAAAAGCGAGGGAAGCCUUUCUUUACUCGGAACCGAUCCGAGCUGAAUGGGACUUUCAUCAACACAAAGCUGAAAAAGAGUCGCCGGGGGUUCGGCUUCACCGUGGUCGGAGGCGACGAGCCAGACGAGUUCCUGCAGAUCAAGAGCCUAGUUUUAGAUGGACCUGCCGCCCUGGAUGGCAAAAUGGAGACAGGCGAUGUGAUAGUGAGUGUCAACGACAUCUGUGUGCUCGGCUACACCCACGCUCAAGUUGUGAAGAUCUUCCAGUCCAUCCCUAUCGGCUCCAUGGUGAACUUGGAGCUGUGCCGCGGCUACCCACUGCCCUUUGACCCCGAUGACCCCAACACUAGCCUCGUCACCUCAGUGGCCAUUCUCGACAACAAAGACCCCAUCAUCGUCAACGGUCAGGAGGCCCUCAACAGCUACGACUCGCCGUCCAGCCACGGGAGUCAGAACAACAACAGCUCGACAAACGGAGGGGCGCCCCACAACGGCCUCCCCCGACCCUACAGCCCCUCCGCGGACGUGGCCUCCGAUACCUCUUCCCAUCAAGGCUACCCCAACGACGUGGUCACCCUGGCCUCCUCCAUCGCCACGCAACCAGAGCUCAUCACUGUACACAUGGAGAAAGGAGACAAGGGCUUCGGCUUCACCAUCGCCGACAGUCCAGGAGGCGGAGGGCAGAGGGUGAAGCAGAUCGUGGAUUACCCGCGCUGCCGUGGCCUCAAGGAGGGCGACAUCAUCGUGGAGGUCAACAAGAGAAACGUGCAGACCAUGUCUCACAACCAGGUGGUGGACAUGCUCAGCAAGUGUCCCAAAGGCAGCGAGGUCAGCAUGCUGGUGCAGAGAGACUCGCAGACCUCCAGAGCCCUAAGCGGACGGUUCCAGACAAGGGUGGCACCUGCAAAGAAGAGCCCGAAACUGGAUCAUAUGGAGCAGGCUCCUCCAUACAGAGAUUACACUAGGAUGCAAUUGUCGAGGAAAGACAGUCAGAACAGCUCCCAGCACAGCGUUUCCAGCCACCGGAGCGCCCACACAGACUCGCCUGUGCACUCGUCCCUGGCGGCCACUCUCAACGAGAGCAUCGCCCCCCCGCCCCCCUCUCAGCCCCUGCCUGGCCUGCCGCCCCAGGACUCCCCGGCAGACGGGACCAUCCAAAGAAAACCAGACCCCUUUAAGAUCUGGGCCCAGUCCAGGAGCAUGUAUGAAAGUAGGCUUCCAGACUUCCAAGAGCAGGACAUUUUCCUGUGGAGGAAGGACACAGGGUUCGGCUUCAGGAUCCUCGGAGGCAACGAGGCCGGGGAGCCGAUCUACAUCGGACACAUAGUGAAAUACGGCGCGGCAGACGAAGACGGGCGCCUGCGGUCCGGAGAUGAGCUGGUAAGCGUGGACGGCACCGCAGUGGUCGGCAAGUCGCACCAACUGGUGGUGCAACUGAUGCAGCAGGCGGCAAAGCAGGGCCACGUCAACCUCACCGUGCGACGCAAAGCCACCUACACCGUUAAAGCAGAAGGAGACGUGCCACCCUCGCCGGCGUCCUCCCACCACAGCAGCAACCAGGCCCCCAGCCUGACGGAGGAGAUGGGGAAGCGCGACCCCCAGGGCAGCCAGAACUCUCUGAACACCGUGAGCUCCGGCAGCGGCUCCACCUCUGGCAUCGGCAGCGGGGGAGGCGGCGGAGGGGCGGGAGGCAGCGGUAACGCCGUCAUCGCCGUGGCUGCAGCCCCCACCAACUCCUCUCAGCCCCCCGUCGUCAUGUCCAACGCCCCCUCCACCAUGCAGCCCUACGACGUGGAGAUCCGCCGCGGAGAGAGCGAAGGAUUCGGUUUCGUCAUCGUGUCUUCCGUGUCGCGGCCCGAAGCUGGCACCACCUUUGCUGGCAAUGCAUGUGUGGCCAUGCCCCACAAAAUAGGGCGCAUCAUCGAGGGGAGCCCGGCGGACCGCUGCGGGAAGCUGAAGGUCGGCGACCGCAUCCUGGCCGUGAACUCCUGCUCCAUCACCAACAAGUCCCACUCUGACAUCGUCAACCUCAUCAAGGAGGCCGGGAACACCGUCACACUACGCAUCAUCCCCGGGGACGAGUCAU